UAUCUGAACAGACCGUACUAUAAGGAAACUGCUUUGUAUCUUCCAACAUCGCCGUCUCACCAUCUCACAGAAUCCCAACAGUUACGCACACGCCGCUGAGCAAUUCAGCAGCUUUAUCCCUCCCACCACCGCCUCAACCCCAGGUGAAAUAAAAGCAGGGAGGAGUUGGGACGGGGGAUUCUCUUCAUUUCUUAACUCUACCGGAGACAGUGAUAGCCGAUUGUGUCUUCAUCGCAAAAACAAAAUCCCGGGUUAUGCCUAACCUGUUAAGAAAAAAAUGUCUGGUUCUAGUUUAUCAAAUUCUAAAAACUCCUCCUCCUCUUCUCAGAAGGGUUCUUCUAGUUUUUUAGACAGCAAAAAUGAAGAGGAGCAGGAGGAGAAGCAGAGGGGGUCACCGUGUUCCAAUAAUGGUGGCCUGAAGGCGGCUAAGAAAUUGAGUGCUGCUAAGUACAGAUCAAUUCUACUUAAGAAACAAGCAAGGGUGGAGGAGGAUGAGAAAUCAGAUAAGAAGAAGAAGAAGAAGCUGAUAGAGGGUCUGAAAGUGGAUUUGGCUCAAGGGGUUAAGGGCAAACUAGGAAAUGGUAGUAGUAGGUCCAUGGAAACUGAGCAUAUUGGUGGUCAUUGCACUGAAAAUAAGCUUAAGGGUGUUGAGCGGUCUAAAGAGGGAGAGAUUAAAGCAGAGGAUACAGUUCCUGUGGAACUAGAAGAGGAUGGAGGGAACCUUAAUGUCAAGGUUCGUGGAGGAGCAGGGGGAAUCAGUGAAAAUUGUUGCAAGGUUGUACAGCCGAGGUAUGCGGCUGAUGAUAAUGUUUGUGUCAUCUGCAAGCUUGGUGGAAGUACUGGAAAGCUCUUGGGAUGCAACAGCAAGGGUUGCAAAAAGAACUGUCAUCUCAAAUGUGUUGAUCCGCCCCUGAAGGACGUGCCCCCUAGUGAUUGGUAUUGUUUCAGUUGUGCUAAGAAGAGUAUCGAGUCAGGUGUUCUUUCUUUUCCUGGAGCAGUAGAAUUCAAUUUGGAUGCCGUAAAAGUGGAAUUGGCAGAUUCUGAAAGUAUGGAUACAGCUAAAAAUAGUUUAUGCAGUAAAAAUGAAUCUAAUGGCAGUGCUGAGAAACAUAAGAAGAAGCCUGUACGUAUUGGUGCGUCAGUUUCCAAGUUUGUCGAAUACUGGGUUCCUGCCAAGCUUUCCUAUGUGCAGCUUGAGCAGUAUUGUGACAUCCUCCUUUCUAAUUCGAUAUUACUUCGUUCAUGCUCAAAAGCUGAAACUGUGGAGGCCCUUCGUGAUGUUCUUAUUUCUGCCAGGAAGUGUUGCAACCAUCCAUAUUUUGUGAAUCCUUGUUUGCAGAAAACACUCAUGAAUGGUCUGUUAGAAGCCGAGUUUCUGAAUGUUGGAAUAAAAGCAAGUGGCAAGCUACAACUACUUGAUACGAUCCUUUCAGAGACCAAAAAUCAGGGCUUAAGAGUACUAAUCAUUUUUCAGUCAACUGUUGGCUCUAGUGGAAUCUCUUUGGGGGACGUCCUGGAUGAUGUUGUGCGUCAGAGAUGCGGUGAAGACUCCUACGAACGUGUUGAUUGUGGAUUGAUCAUGCCAGAUUCGCAAUUUUCAAAAAUCAAGCAAGCUGCCAUGAACAGGUUCAGUGACAAGGAUAAAGGGAGAAUUGUGUUUUUACUAGAUCGCCGUGCUUGCCACUCGAGCAUUAAGCUAUCAUCAGUUGAUAUUGUGAUUCUAUAUGACAGCGAUUUGAACCCAUACAAUGAUUUGAAACUUCUGCAGAAGAUCACUAUUGACUCACAGCACAAGCAGUUAAAACUGUUCCGUUUAUACUCGUUCUGUACCUUGGAAGAAAUGGUUCUCAUUCAUGCUAAGCAAGGUGUGUCUAUCGAUGCACAGAAUUUAAACCAUUCCACAAUUCAUCAGUUGCUUAGAUGGGGUGCUUCUUAUUUAUUCAAAGAGUUGACUGAGUUCCAUGGUUCCUCCUCAUCCUCUGGUUCUAGCUUUUCUUCUAAGCAUUUUAUGGCAGAAUUAUUUGCUCUGCCGCCUCAGGAUGCUGGAAAACCUAGUACAAGUAAUUCCUCAGUUGUUGUGAAAGUUAAUCAAACUGGAGGGACAUAUUCUAGAGAUAUUUCUUUACCUGGUGAGCUGGAGAUGCAGUCGGGUUACAGGGAUCCUUCUCAUGCCUUUUGGACAAAAUUACUGAAUAGGAAGACCCCGAGGUGGAGAUAUUUGCCUGCUGCAUCCUCACCUCAGAGGAUCCGUAAACGAGUUCAAUAUUUUCAAGGCUCAUUGGAAAAUGAGAAUUUUGAAAGUGAUGAUGUCAUGAAGAAGAGAAGGAAGGUUCUCACCGAUACCAGUGCUGCAGGAGAAUCUGAAACUCCAGUUGUUGAUUGCUCUCAAUUUCUGCCUUCUGUUCCAGUUGGCGCUUCUCGUUAUCAUAAAGCUAAUAAGAUAUCUAAUGUGCCUGCAGCUAGUAUGGAAGUCGAGGUCAGAGAAAGCCAUCAUAGAUGUCAACCGGUUCUUCCACCUCCCUCUGAGCCUCCAUGUCCGAAACCCGUAGUAAAUAAAUCAGCUUCAGGGUCAGCUUCACAACCUGACAUACAGCUAGACAAUGGCAUUCAGUCUGAGCCUCCUUGCCCUAAACCCCCUGUCAAGGACCCGGUUGUGCUAAUAAGUAACCCAGCUUUAAGGUCAGCUUCACAGCCUGAUAUACAGCUAGAUAAUGUGCAUAUCACUUCUCAACAAGCUGAGUGUCCAAGGCAACAACCAGGAACCAAAAAGCAUGCUGAGUUACCUUCUCAUGAUGUUAUUGCGCCACUGGAAGCGACUCUUCAACUGCCUAUUAUGUCAGCUGACACAUCUCUAUGUGGAAAGGGUACACGUGUAUCAGAUUCCAGAAGCAUGGGUGGUGUUCCAGGUUCCAUUAAUCAUUCUCAGCAAAGUGCUCAGAUGACUUCUUCUUGGACUUCUCAGUCUCUGCUCCGUCAUGACCCUUCUUCAAAUGAACAGGUAAGCAUCAAUAAAGAGCAGCCUAAUAAACAUUUGGACCAUGGCAUCCAUUUAGGACAUAACGCCACCCAACAGGCUGAAUUUCUAACACAGGCAGCUACAACUGAAGUGCAUUCCGCAGUGCCUUCUUACAAUAAUGCUUUGCAAGAUACAGUGCUUCAGCAACCUGUGGUUGUAAACAGACGUGUACGUGGAAGUGUUACGCGUGUGUCAGAUUUCAGAAGCUUGGGAGUUGUUCCAGACCGCAAGAUUCAUCCUUCGCAAAUUGCUCCUUCGAUUCCUCCUCAGACUCUGCCUCAGGAUGACCCUUUUGAAUUUGAAUUGGCAAUACUUGGCAAAGAGCGGGAGGAAGUUGUGAAAUUGCACGAAGAAUUGAAAAUGCGGAUGAAAUCUGAUUAUGACAAGGAGGUGCAAGACGCUAAUACAAAGUAUAGAAAGCUUCAUCAUAAUAAUGAUACUGCAUUAGCUCAGACAAGGAAAGCAGUGCACACAAAUCAUAGCAUAUUCCUCAUGAAUGCCUUGUUAGCCGAGUGUUUUAGGUCCAAAAUGCUGUGAAGCUACCAGGGCUGCUGUGCCACUGGAUGACAUCAAGGUAUAUAGGUCCCUUAACUUGAAGUCCUCUACCAUAUUUGAGACAUGUUCUUAGUAUCUAUGAAAUUUUGAACUGCAUUUAUAAUGCCACAAUAGUUAAUAGUCAUGUGAUUAACUACUAUGUUAGGAUAAUAGGCUUUUAGUUGCUUGGAAAAGGGUCAGAUCUCAUUUUUUGUAUACACUGCUGUCCCAAAUUUUGUAAGUCUAUGUAAAGGAGUCUUUUUGUAGAGAACCGAGUAAUUACAUAUCUUCAACUCAGAUGCAGAUUAUGGCAUUUGUGGUUGUCAUAUAUGCACAUUGAUAGGUAUACAUGUAUAAAACAGUAUUUGAUUCUACGAAAUGGAUUAUUAUCAGCUAAA